AACACAUCCAAUCUGGUCCCACAUCUAUAACAGAGAAAGGUGAGGGGUGUGAGAGAGAAAUACUGUUAAUUCCUGAUGCAGAAAAAAGGAGGUGAAGAGAGUGGGGGUGGGAAUUCAUCUACAGGGAAAGGGGAAAGGGUUGGGGUACAAGGAAUGGAAAAACGGAACUGGGAAGCAAAUUAUUUGCUGUAUAUUCGCUGGAGCCAGAAUGCCGCUUUUCCAGCAGGGCGAACCAAUACUGUACAGAGCACUUGCUCAAUAUAAAACAGGCUUGCCCAACUAGUGAGCCAGAAAACUGAUAAAAGCCCAAGAACCUCGAACUGUGGGUGGCAAAAAGUGUUUUUCCAUUUCUUUUACUGGACCAAAACAUAACAUCACUGUCAGGCAGCCAUUUUAAGAGCCAAGCUUGCUCCCUCCCUUCCAAAGCACAAUGCUUAACUCCUAUCAAAACAGCCUUUAUAUUCUAACGUUAAUGAAAGGCAAAAUAUAAAUUUGCUCAGUGUUAAUUACUGAUGCAACAGUAUUGCCAUUUACUGUUGUUGAGGAGGAAAGGGUUAGCUUUUACAAGCAUGUCCUGAAAGUCUGAAUACGUUUACAGAUGGGGUCCACUUCAAAAUGUUUGAGAAGCAAUGUGUUAGGGGCCUGGGGGCCAUGAUAAGAGGACCGUUGUCAAACAUUUGGCCGGUUACAAUAUAUAGGUGGUGUGCCAAAACUGGCCCAAAACUGGUCAUAAGUUGGGCAAGCUUGACCUAAAAUGUAUUCCUUGCAAAGAUCCUAGUGAGAGAAGACUACAUCAAAACUCUCCUAUCAGGUCAAAAAGGAAGCUAUUGCCUUGCUUCCAUUUUAGGUUCUGGGGAAGAAAAAUUGACAAUGUAAUAUAUUCUGGGGGGAACUAAAUUAUAAAAGGGAAAGACAGAAAAAUGAAAAUAAGAGAGGAACUUUCACGAACUGCGGGUUUUUAGAAGACAUCUGAAGGCAGCCCUGUUUAGGGAGACUUUUAAUUGAGGGAAAUGAUGAGAGGCUCCCUGGCUCACAAUGGGAUAUCAAGGGUCACUUAGCUGAAAUUUGGGGGCAGGUAAAUUCUGACAGUGUGUUGGCAUCAUCUAUGGGGUGGCAAUGGGAAGGGAUCUGCCAGAGGUAGCAAUGGUCUACCACUGAUGGGUCUGUUGUUGUUGUUAUUUAUUGAAUCAAGACCUGAUUUAAGAUGGCUCACGACAGCAGCACUACCACCAUAUAAAUGUAUAGCAAAACAAGAAGUGGGUCCCCAAAAACACGUUUGGGUGAAAGAUGGAUCGAGGCUCAGAUGGAUAAAGAUGACUAGAGGUCUAGAAGGGCUUCAGUAUAUCAUCUGUAGCAGCAACUUCCAUUGGGUGCCAUGUGGGGCAGAGAUGUCCCUGUAAGUUUUUAACGCGGCAAUGAAAUCCUCAAGAUUUUGGGUCGAAUGGAGAGAGGGGAUCUGGGGAUUAAUUGAGGUGGGGGCCUCUUCCAUGAAAUUGAGGUUGCAUGCGCACUGAUGACAUUUCAGUAUUUGAUAUCCACAUUUGACCUUUGAAGAAAAAUUAAAAUAUAUGGGAUUAGCAAGACCCAUCCUGAGACACAGAGCGGGGGAAAUUAUGGGGUGUGUGCCUUGGGGGCCGUGUUUCAAAAACGUAAUGUGAGGGGUGGGGUUAGGAACUAAAAAAAAGCGGGUUAUAUUGAAUUGCGAAGUUAAGGUGGGAGUUUGAGGGAGAAGAGAAGUUACUGAGGAGAAUCUAAAUCUCUCCAGUGAUGGUGGUAUUAAUCAAAGGCGUAAAGUGAGGUGAAGAGCGGGCAGAAUAUUCCACCCACCCCCAUCCCACAAAAAAAGCCCCCUCUCCAAUCUGUCCCCUCAGGGAUACCUUCGCUCACAACCAAGCAAAGGGAAGGCGGGGCUGGGAGGGGGAGGGGAAAGCGCGCGAAAUUCAGCGCAGGGCAGGAGAGAGAGCGCACGCGCACGAGAGAGACAGAGCGCGAGACCCAAAUGCCAGCGGCGGCAUUUCCCGAGAGGGAAGGGGCGGGGCCUGCGGAACGGCGAGGCGGACGUUCUGAUUGGUGAGCUCGACGGGAGGAGGCGGAGCGCGUGGGGAAGCUUUACAAAUCGAGGAGGGGGCAGAGGGAGGGAAGCUUCCCUUCAAAAAAAACCCCGCCCUCAGUGAGCGCCACAGAGCAUGCGCCGGCCUCUGACGCAUGCCCAGUUGCCUCCGCUGAAGGCAACGGAAGCGCUUCCCUUUGCCCUCACUCGCUGGAGCAAGUGAGAACAAGCCAGGCUGGCAGCUUCUUUAUUUCUUUAUUUUUUGAAAGGACGCCGGUCUUGUUGCUGUGCCUUGUGGCGCGACAGCCGAAGCCUGUUGCUCCCUUUUUAUCGCUAGGGAAAAGCUUCACAUGUUGCCUCAUAUGCUUGUCUCCACACACAAAUCCCAAGAAAGAAAGAAAGAAAGAAAGAAAGAAAGAAAGAAAAUACAAAUCCUAGUGGGUGUGACGAUUAUCGUUUUAUUAAUCACCUGCCAAACCACCGUCUCAAGGGGGUUCACACACAAUAUAGGAUAAUUAAAAACCCGUUUAAAGUGCAAAAAACAACAACACAUACGUUUAAAACAGGGCUAAAACCCUAACAAUUGGAUGUUUGCGGUAAAGAUCCAUUUCCCAGCUCGGAAAAAAUUAUUCAGCCUGCUUCUGGAAAGUGCAGAUAUACAGAUUCUAUCCAGUAUUUAAAAAAUCUCUGUAGUUAACAACAAUAGAAUUUACAAGCUACCCUCCUCCCAAAGCAGUCCAAGCAGCAAACCUAUCAAUAACCUAUCAAUAACAAAGAUGGCAUCCCCUCGUACAAGAUCUUUAGGGGAGGCCCUUCUCUCAGUCCCGCCACCCUGACAGGCACACUUGGUGGGGAGAUGGGACAGGGCCUUCUUGGUGGCUGCUCCCAGACUUUGGAACUCUCUUCCUCAGGAAGUUAGACUGGCUCCCUCCUUGCUGUCCUUCUGCCAGCAGGUAAAUACUUUCUUAUUCCAGCAGGCUUUGGGGAACUGACUGCUUUUAAUGAAAGGGCUGGUGUUGUGCUGGUUUGUAGGGUUUUAAUAUAUUAGAUGAAGAGUUAGUUUUAAUUCUUUUAAUGUUUAAUCGUUUUUGUAACAAUUACCCCCAACAUACUUUAGCUGUUCCUAUUUUUAUCUGUUAGUUGGUUUGAGAUGCUGUCAAGGAGAAAGGCGGGGUUUAAAUAAAUAUAUACUACUAAUCAUAAAAUCAUAGCAUUGUAGAGCUGGAAGGGACCCCAAGGGUCAUCUAGUCCAACCCCCUGCAACACGGGAAACUCAGAUAAAAAUCAUCACGUUUUCUCAACCACUGGUUUCAGGGUUGCCAGGAACAUUAUCUCCAAGCCACCCAAUGCUUGAGUGAACAGGGAUGUUCCCAAAUUCCCCAUGAAAAUCGUCAAUGAAAAUGGCAGGCGCACUUCGCCACAGAGGAAAUUCAACGAAUGGGGAACCACCACUGAGAAGGCCCCAUCACAGCUCAACACACCAACCGAUCAGUCCCCCACUGGAGGCAGGAGCACCAAGAAGGCCUCACCUGCUGGUCAUAGGGUUCCUGAUAUUUCAUACUGUGGGACCGUGAUAGUAAUUUUAUUAUAACUGAUUUUAUAAUGAAAUGAUUUUAGAAUGUUGUGGUAUUUGACUGUUGUUAGCCGCUCUGAGCCUGGCUUCAGCUGGGAAGGAUGGGAUAUAAAUAAAUUUUUAUUUAUUAUUAUUAUUAUUAUUAUUAUUAUUAUUAUUAUUAAUUCAGUGAGGACCAGCAGCCUGGAAGCCCCAGAGCCAAAUCUGCCCUGCCUGAGGAGUCUCAGUUGCCCUCUCCCACCAUCAGUUGCCCCUAGAGAAGUGAGAUUGACAGGGGCUGUGGAAAUUGGGGCUGUUUGCUUGGAGGGAUGUGGGGAAAAGCCCCAAUGCAUCCUCCUUAAAACAGCUACUGACAGGAAAGGUUAAUCUGAAUUACAUCGAAGCAGGACACACCCAUUUAAUUAUUUUUCUUUCUGGCACACGCUUCUCUGGGAAAGCUAGCAGAUGUGAGGCCCACCUUAUCUGGAGAGUGUUUAGCUACUCCGUUAAUCUGGGCCGAGGCAGCGGGGAUAAAAUGUUCCUAAAGCCGACAUUACAUCCCAGGCCCUCUGGCCUUCAGGGAAAAUGAUUUGCGCAAAUGCAGCCGUGUGGCAUCCACCAGUUUUUCAUCAGUUUGCUUCCAGAAUCAAAGAAACAGGCCCCUUUAGAGGCUGUUGCUGUUAACAUAUUCCUAUUUAUUUAGUAAGUAACCUUACAAUUUUCAGUGAGUGCCAGAGGCAAGAUAAGCGGGACUCUUUAAAUGUGGGCAUUCGAAGGGGAAAAUAUAGCCAUUUUCCCUAUAUUCCUGGGGAGAGACAACUAUUUAUGCAUUUGGCAAGGUGGUAUCUGUCCUGUGAAAGCUUUCCUUUGGCUUCUGCCAACCUGGUGGCCUCUGGAUGUUUUGGACUACAACUCCCAUCAGCCCCCAGCAUUCCCAUCGCUGGGGCUGAUGGGAGUUGUAGUCCAAAACAUCCAGAGGGCACCAGGCCAGCGAAGACUUCUCUGCCCCCCCCCGCUUUUUUCAUUUCAGAUCCAUUUAUCCCUGUCUUUUACAAUGUUUAUUUGUGUUUUAAGAGGAUUGGGGAUCCUCAGGCCCACAGCCCGGAUGCGGCCCUCCAUGCCUUGCAUGCUGGCCCUCCGGACUCUUAUCUCCCACAGUCUUUGUCUCCCCUGCUUCUGCCUGGCUGAAAUGUGUCCUAAAACUUUGGUUUUGGGCCUGCAUAGAGGGUAGAGAUCAAGGGGGGUGGGGGGUGAAUAUCUGCAGGAACAGAGGCAGGGAUCAGCAAACUUUUUCAGCAGGGGGCCGGUCCACUGUCCCUCAGACCUUGUGGGGGGCCGGACUAUAUUUUGGAAAAAAAAAUGAACGAAUUCCUAUGCCCCACAAAUAACCCAGAGAUGCAUUUUAAAUAAAAGGACACAUUCCACUCAUGUAAAAACACGAUGAUUCCCAGAUCGUCCACGGGCCAGAUUUAGAAGGCGAUUGGUCCGGAUUCGGCCCCCGGGCCUUAGUUUGCCUACCCAUGUACAAAGGCGAUGUUUAACAUUGAAUUGCUCUUCUGCUUGUGUUUGAUGCUGGCUCCGCCCACCACCAGGAUGCGGCCCCUGAAACAUUGCCCAGAACAGAAUGCGGCCCCCUGGAAAUGCACUGGAAAGUGUGGGACGAUGCUUGCUUUGACACAGCAUCGUCUAACCUUCCUGCAAGCAAAUCAGAAUGAAGACUUAGUAAAGAAUAAUAAUAAUAAUAAUAAUUAAUAAUUUAUUUAUAUCCCGCCCUCCCCAGCCGAAGCGGGGCUCAGGGCGGCUAACAACAAUAAAAAAAUACAAAAGUACAGCAUAAACAACACUCUAAAAUCAUUCAUUAUAAAAUUAAUUAAUUCAAGCCACUGACAACCAUUGGGCCAGAGCUCCACGAAGAUUGCCGAGGGAGGGAGUCAGGCUGUGCCCUGGCCAAAGGCCUGGUGGAACAGCUCUGUCUUGCAGGCCCUGCGGAAAGAUGUCAAGUCCCGCAGGGCCCUAGUCUCUUGUGACAGAGUGUUCCACCAGAUCGGGGCCACAGCCGAAAAAGCCCUGGCUCUAGUUGAGGCCAGCCUAACUUCUCUGUGGCCUGGGACCUUCAAGAUGUUUUUAUUUGAAGACUGUAAGUUUCUCUGUGGGGCAUACCAGGAGAGGCGGUCCCGUAGGUACGAGGGUCCUAGGCAGUAUAGGGCUUUAAAGGUUAAAACCAGCACCUUAAACCUGAUCCUGUACUCCACCAGGAAUCAGUGCAGCUGGUAUAGCACCGGGUGAACGUGAUCCUGCGGCGAGAACCCCAUAAGGCGUAUUGGCCGCGGCAUUCUGCACCCGCUGGAGUUUCUGGGUCAGUCUCAAGGGCAGCCCCACGUAGAGCGAGUUACAAUAAUCAAGCCUGGAGGUGACCGUCGCGUGGAUCACAGUGGCUGGGUCAGGGCGAGAGAGGUAAGGAGCCAACUGCUUAGCUUGGCAGAGAUGGAAAAAUGCCGCCUUUGUUAUAGCUGCAAUCUGCGCCUCCAUGGAAAGGGAGGUGUCGAAGAUUACACCCAAACUCUUAACGGACGGUGCUGGCACUAAUUGCGCCCCCGCAAGAGAUGGGAGUUGCCCCCCCAAUCCCAUAUCGCCCCGUCCCAGCCACAGGACCUCUGUCUUCGAAGGAUUUAGCUUCAACCGGCUCCCACGUAACCAUCCAGCCACAGCUUCCAAACAUCCAAACUAAAGAACCCGCAUUAUCUAACUGAUCGGUUUGCAUUCCACCUUGGAGAGAAAGAAGACUCAGACUAAUAGAAAAUAAUAGACAAACACAGUUUAAAAUUGAACAGGCAAGCACAUACAGCAGUCCAUAACAACAAAAGCCUUCCUAUUGGGUUGUUGUUUUUAUAUUUGAUUCUAUAUUUUGUGGCUUUAUAUUUUGUUUUUGUUCUAUGAGCUGCCCUGAGACCUCCAGGUAUAGGGCGGUAUAUAAAUUCAAUAAAAAAAUAAAAAAUAAAACAUUUAUCUGUCUACAUCUCUGCCAUCUUGAGAAUUCUUUUUUUUUUUAAUAAUUUUUAUUAAAGUUUUAAACAACAAAGAAAACACACACAAAAAGUAAUACAAAACUCAACAAUAAAAAAAACAAACCAAAAACAUAACAAUUAAAAACAAACUCUCUUUUCCAUUUCCAUUUUUAGAUUACUUAUUUUCUGGACUUCCUCAUACCUCCCUCUUUUGUAUUCCAAUCCAAAUUAUUUGUCCAGCAGUUUCUUUUCCACUUUUAAUCCCAAUCUUUAAUUUAAUAAAAUGUUAAAAUAUAUAACUUCCACUUCUUUAAACCUAAUCCUUGAUCUUAAUAUCAUAUAACGUUUAAAUUUUCCCUUUUAAUAUCAAAUUUCCAUUUCUUUAAACAUCUUUAAUCUUGAUCUUUAAUCUUAAUCUAUCAUUGACUUUAACCUGUGCAGCUGGAAACCACUUAUUUUCAGUCCAACAUCACUUUAACAUUCCUUAAUUUUGCAAUGUUUCUGAAGAUAGUCUUUGAAUUUCUUCCAGUCUUCCUCCAUCGACAUCUUGAGAAUUCUUUGAGCUAAACGGUGAGGUGGAAAUUUAUAAGGCUGUGUGGCACAGUGGUUAGAGUGCCGGACUAGGACCUGGGAGAGCAGGGUUCGAAUCCCCGCUUGGCCAUGCAGCUCAUUGGAUGGCCUUGGGCCUACAUCUCAGCCUAACCUACCUCACAGGGCUGUUGUGGGCAUGAAAUGAGGAGGGGGAGAGACAUGCCUGCCAGCCACCUUGAGCUCCUUGCAGUAAAAGUUGGAUAUAAAUGCAGUAAAUUUAUGAUGAUUGUGAUGAUAGCCGAGAUGGGCAGAGUAGGAAUAAUAAAAUUAUUAUAAAAAUCAUUAUUAUAGCAAGUCCAGGAAUAAAAGGCACUAUGGUGAGAGAUUAUGCCUCUCUGCCAUCUUGCGCUCCUUUGAAUUUCAUUUAACAUCCUGACCCCCUCACAUAAUGUGCAAGGUUUCAUUCAAUCAAUAUUUAUGUUUAUCACCAAGGCAAUACAAAACACAGUUUUCCCAGAACAUAGAUUACGCAACCGAGAGAGAGAGCAAGAGAGAAACAAACCCAAUCCUCUAUGUUUCCUCACAGAAACCCACCGAUGUUCCCCUUUUGCAGACAUGAAAUCAGGCCGGGCUCCCACCUCCUAUUAAUGUGUAUUUAUUUAUCCAGACUGUAUCCACAGCUGUUCUCGGCUCUCUUCAUCACUUUUAGAAGCGUAACGAGUUUAAUGAGCCGUCCAUUUGAUAAAAGACCUCUCACAAUGGUUCGGGUGCCCCCCCCCUUUUCUUCUACAUCAGACAUGGUCCCAGAUAAGAGAUUUAUAGGCUCGUUUGACGUAAAAGUAAAUAACUUUAAAAAUAAAGCAAAUUAGUGGAGACUUGUUUGCUGACCCAGAUGCAGAGAAUAAACUGACGUGCUGUUCCUAAUUCGGCACAGGCGCCGUGCUAGGUGUGGCCAACUCUUUAUAUCUUGCAGGGCUCCUGUGCUGCUAAAACCUAGGUAGAGCCAGCAAACGAGACUUUCUCUCUCUUUUUUUUUGCAGGUGAUGAUUUACCUUUCAUUAGAUCUCCCUGCAAGGAGAAAAGGUUGAUCUGUUCACUCAUUGUGCGCGGCCGCUGCUUAAGGCAAGAGAGCCCCGGAAGAAGAAAAAGCGGGCGAUUCUCCUCUUCUGCGGUGCCCACUGUGAUGCCUGACGAAAUUAUCUCUAGGCAGCUUCCAACAAAAUAUUAAAAUACAAGAAUCUAUUAAACAUUAAAAGCUUCCCUAAACAGGGCUGCCUUCAGAUGUCUUCUAAAAAUCAGAUAGUUGUUUAUUUACUUGACAUCUGGUGGGAGGGCGUUCCACAGGGCAGGUGCCACCACCAAGAAGGCCCUCUGCCUGGUUCCCUGUAACUUGGCUUCUCACAGUGAGGGAACCGCCAGAAGGCCCUCAGAGCUGGACCUCAGUGUCCAGGCAGAACGAUGGGGGUGGAGACGCUCCUUCAGGUAUACUGGGCCUUUGAGGCCGUUGAGGGCUUUAAAGGUCAGCGCCAACACUUUGAAUUGUGCCCGGAAACUUACUAGGAGUCUUUCAAGACAGGUGUUAUGUGGUCUCGGCGGUUGCUCCCAGUCAUCAGUCUAGCUGCCAGUGGCGGUGAAGUCAAACCACUGUAUGAGCAUCACUGCUGGGGUGCAAGCCUGGGCUGCCCAAACGACAGGAUCCCCCUGCUCAGCCUUGCUGCUGUGGUUCAAAGGGAAGCAGAGCAAGACGUCUGGCCCGAGCUUGGCUGUCGUAGUUACCGGAAGGAGGAAGAACUGUGAGGGGAGAGACUCCAUCAGGCAAGGUCUCUUUCCACCUGCCUUGCUCUACCCUCUAGUCUCUUCUUCUCAAUGUGUAUUGUAUUGUUUUAUGUACUGUGGCUUGCCGUUGUUUUAUUGAUUAUAGUUUAGAUAUUAUUUAUUGUAACUGUUGAGUGGAUUUCUGUUUAACUUUUAUAUGUUGAUAUUAUUAUUUUAUACUAGUCUAAUGAUUGUUGAGGGAUUCGGGUGGCGCUGUGGGUUAAACCACAGAGCCUAGGACUUGCCGAUCAGAAGGUCAGCGAUUCGAAUCCCCGCGACGGGGUGAGCUCCCGUUGCUCGGUCCCAGCUCCUGCCAACCUAGCAGUUCGAAAGCACGCCAGUGCAAGUAGAUAAAUAGGUACCGCUCCGGCGGGAAGGUAAAUGGCGUUUCCGUGCGCUGCUCUGGUUCGCCAGAAGCAGCUUAGUCAUGCUGGCCACAUGACCCGGAAGCUGUACGCCGGCUUCCUCGGCCAAUAAAGCGAGAUGAGUGCCGCAACCCCAGAGUCGGCCACGACUGGACCUAAUGGUCAGGGGUCCCUUUACCUUUACCUUUAAUGAUUGUUGAAUGUUACUUUUUGAUGCAGGUUGCCUAUUUUAAAGUUAGGUUUUAUUAUCACAUUUUUGUAUUGCAUUAGAUUGUUAUAAGAUGUACAUUUUUUGUUCCUUCGGCUUGUAAACCGCCUUGAGUAUUGUAAGAUAGAAAGACGGUAUACAAAUUAAAAAUGAUGAUGAUACGAGGCGCCAUCCCACCGCCUUAGGGACUCCCCUCCGGAUUUGCAGAAUCACAAAGAACUGCAUGGAAGAGUUGGGGGGAAACGAGCAACAGCGGGAACCCGGGACUGACAGAUCCGCCGGAUCCCUGGAGAACCCGGGGAUUGAACCUGGAACCUUCUGCAUGCAAAGCAGAUGUUCUGCCACGGAGCCAGGCUGCCCAGCCGCCUGCCCAUCCCUUUCCGUGGAAAAUACAGGUGCUUUUGUAUGCCAACCGCCACUUAUCAGAUCUGACUUUUGUAAUCAUCACAACACGAGCGCCACGAAAAAAAGGACAAAGACGCAGACGGAACAGGCAGCACAGGUUGUGGAAACGCUUUGGGGGUGGGCUGUGAGCCACCCCACCCCAAUCUUGAUCUUUUCAAUAGCAGCCGGUCCAGGGACAGAGAUCUGUGGGUGAGUCAGAGAUCCCUUUUGCUUCUUCAUCAAUGAAACAAGGAAGAAAACUUUUAAGACAUGGGUAGGCAAACUAAGACCCGGGGGCCGGAUCCGGACCAAUCGCCUUCUAAAUCCGGCCUGCGGACGGUCUGGGAAUCGGUGUGUUUUUACAUGAGUAGAAUGUGCCUUUUUAUUUAAAAUGCAUCUCUGGGUUAUUUGUGGGGCCUGCCUGGUGUUUUUACAUGAGUAGAAUAUGUGCUUUUAUUUAAAAUGCAUCCCUGGGAUAUUUGUGGGGCAUAGGAAUUCGUUCAUUUCCCCCCCAAAAAAAUAUAGUCCGGCCCCCAACAAGGUCUGAGGGACAGUGGACCGGCCCCCUGCUGAAAAAGUUUGCUGACCCCGUAUUAAGACCUGAACUAGGCUGUGCUAUCUCAACUGCCCGGAGGUCUAAAUUCCCCCUUUAUCACUCCUAGCUUGGCCUCUUUAACGCUUGGGAAACUAAAAAUAAUGUUGCCCAAUUUGUACUUUUUGGUGCUGGACCCAGAGAUCAUCGUCGGUGCGGAGGAGUUAGCAAACAGUGAGGGGAAGCUGUUAAUUAAAAGUGUGGCCGGGUAAACGGUGGGGGGAGAGGCAAGGGUUAAAGGGUGGUCUUGGGGGGGGUGCCCUUUAAAAAAUAUUAUUUUUACUCUGCGGGAAAAGCAGCUGCGUGCAUCGCAAAGGGCAUUGCAGGCGGGAGAUCGGCCGGCCACCCCUUUCAUUUCCAACAGGCAGCCUGACAUACAAAUUAGCAUAUGGAACUAUUGUGCCAACUUGUGCCAUGGGCCUUUGCCCCAAACACCUGGCAACACACUGAGGGCGGGGGAAUGCGAGGACUGGUGGUUGUGCCUUGAAGCAGGCUUUGGAAAUGCAACUUAUUUUACUCCCCACAAAUUCCCUUCCACCCAAAUGCUGGGGAAAACCCAGAACAUCCAACUACCUCCUUUUCGAGCGAAAAUCUGUGCCCCGGAUUUUUUUGUGAAAUACAUAACUAAUAUUUAGUUUGGGUUUGGGGUUGUGUGUGUGUCCUCCUCUUACGUCUUAAGAGUGAUUGGCAAAAAUAUUUGCGUCAGAUUGAAGCUGGAGAUAGUUGGUUAGAUAAUGAUGCUGAUAACGCCAUGGUUGCAGGUUCGAACCCCGUAUGGGCCGUCUGCAUGGCAGGGGGUUGGUCUAGAUGAUGUUCAGGGUCCCUUCCAACUCUACAGUUCUAUGAUUCUAUAUAUUUGGAGGAAGUAUGGGAAAGAACGGUCCUGAAACCUGGGAGGAAGCCAUCUGACCCUUGACAAAUAAGUUGUGUGUCGCUGGCUAGUCAGCGUAGACAAAACAGAGGCAGAAGGACAAACGGGCUGAGCUGGGACGCUUUCAUGCCACCCAUUUAAAGCACUAAAAAGCUAAAGGGACCCCUGACUGCUAAGUCCAGUCGCAGAUGACUCUGGGGUUGCGCCGCUCAUCUCUCUUUACAGGCCGAGGGAGCUGGCGUUUGUCCACAGACAGUUUUUCCGGGUCAUGUGGCCAGCAUGACUAAGCUGCUUCUGGCGAAACCAGAGCAGUGCAUUGAAACGCUGUUUACCUUCCCACCGGAGCGGUACCUAUUUAUCUGCUUGCACUUUUUGGCGUCCUUUUGAACUGCUAGGUCGGCAGGAGCAGGGACCGAGCAACGGGAGCUCACCCCGGUGCAGGGAUUCGAACCGCCGACCUUCUGAUCGGUAAGCCCAAGAGGCUCAGUGCUUUAGACCACAGCGCUGUAAACAUGCACGAGUUUCCCCCAAAGAAUCCUAGGAGCUUUUGUUCAUUAAGGAUGUUGAGACUUGUUAGGAGGUAGGGCUGGGCGAUAUACAGUGGUACCUCUACUUAUGUUCACCUCCGGUUACGUAUCCUUCGGGAUAUGUGGACAGCAAACCCGGAAGUAUUUUUCCGGGUUUUGCCGCAUGCGCAGAAGCGCUAAAUUGCACCGCACUCAUGCGCAGAAACGACACCUCUGGAUACACACACCUUAGGAUCCGACCAGCGCUCCAGAGGUACCACUGUAUCAAUAUAUCAUCCAAAACCGGUUUCGAGUUCAUACCAUAGCUGUCAAUUUACAGAUUUGAAAAUAAGGGACCAGCAGCCUCAAAAAUAAGGGAUCAGCAGCCAAAAUAAGGGAUUUUCCGGGCACAGGUAUGUUCAACUUUGAGUCCCUCCGAGCCAAAGGCAGAAAGCCCAGCCAGCAGCCAAACAAAGCCUCAAGGAAAACCACCGUCACCUCUCCGCUGGGAAGCGCUGAGCAAAGGCAAGUCCCCAGGCAAUGCAGCCAAUUUGAUCAGCACAAGGCAUGCAAGCUCCACCCCCCAGUCGUUCUUAGACUCCUUAUUGGGUGAGCAAUGCAGCCAAGCAACAUAGUUGGAGCCUCCCUCCUCCCUGGCUGUCAGGGAGGGAGGGAGAGGAGCUGCUUCCUUUGAAACCCGGGAAAUUUAAGGGACAUCAACAAUAAGGGAUAGCAGCGGGACAUGGCGCUGGGAUAAGGGAGUUUCCCGCCAAAUAAGGGACGGUUGACAGCUAUGGUUCAUACCAUGAUAUUGGUUUCCUAGUUUUUGACCUGGCAGUAUGCUGUGAAUCGUGGUGUGUGUUUGUGUUGGCGCUGUGCAAAAAUCACCAAGCGGGGAAAAACAUGAAGCCAGCCAGUGCCUCUGCAUAGCUCCAUCCUUCUUUCGGACAUUGUGAUAUAUCAGUAUUUACUGCGAUGUUGAAAACCAGAUAUCGCCCAUCUCUCUUAAGAGGCAUCUCUUCCUCUCACAGAGCUACAACUCCCAGAGCCCCAUGGGAAGAAGAACUGCCUGUUAAACCACUCUGGGAACUAUUGCCACCUGACAACUCUCAGCACCCUUAAUAAACUACACAUCCCAUAAUUCCUUGGGGGAAGCCAUGACCAUUUAAAGUGGUAUCGUAGCACUCUAAACUUAUGGUGUGAAUGUGGCUCUGGUCACGAGGCAGUUUUGGUGGGACAGGGUUUCACAGCCAAUGCUUGGGAAAGAGCUGUGAGAUCCAUGGUUGCUACUUUCAAUGUGCUAUUGUUGUUGUUGUUUAGUCGUUUAGUCGUGUCCGACUCUUUGUGACCCCAUGGACCAGAGAAUGCCAGGCACUCCUGUCUUCCACUGCCUCCCACAGUUUGGUCAAACUCAUGCUGGUAGCUUUGAGAACACUAUCCAACCAUCUCGUCCUCUGUCGUCCCCUUCUCCUUGUGCCCUCCAUCUUUCCCAACAUCAGGGUCUUUUCCAGGGAGUCUUCUCUCCUCAUGAAGUGACCAAAGUAUUGGAGCCUCAGCUUCAGGAUCUGUCCUUCCAGUGAGCACUCAGGGCUGAUUUCCUUCAGAAUGGAGAGGUUUGAUCUUCUUGCAGUCCAUGGGACUCUCAAGAGUCUCCUCCAGCACCAGAAUUCAAAAGCAUCAAUUCUUCGGCUACCAAACAUCUUUCCAAGUUUCUGUGUUCUUCAGACAGGACCCCCUUGGGUUUCCUGGAAACGUAUCAGCUUCCUUAAUGAGAAGAUAAAUAAUGGCAGUGAUAAUGUUUGUCGGCCACUAGCAAUUUUCUGCUUGCUAGAGCAUUUGAGGUGCAUUUUUGGGGGAGCAAUGAUGCCAUGAUCAGUGCCUGGCAUGAAUUGAGGGUGCAGAACAUUCCCCCUAAAUCCUCUUCACUGAGCAGAUUCUCUAUCUCUCUCACACCUCGCCCAGCAGAUGAGUCCAUGUGGAAAGGGUGCCAUUCCCUGAAUGAGGAGAGUCUGGAAAACCACAGGUACAGAAAAAGGAUGAAAUCUGGGAACGCUGUCAUAUAUUUGUAAGCAAUUUCUGAGUGGAAGCGGAAUAAUCAGCCGCAAAGACUCUAGUUUUAAGGUGCCUUCGGUGCAAAACAGAGUCCUGGUUUAUCAGAGAAGUUUUGGUCAGUCAGUGCAAGUAAACUGUUUUAAAGGUUGUGUUUUAUAUUAAUGUAACCCAGCCUGAGACCUUCUGACGAAGGGCAGAUAGUAAUAUAUAAUAAGUAAAUAAUAACAUGCCUCAUUCCUGGUGUCGCUCAAGAGUUCUAAGAAAGAAAGAAACAAAAAAACCAUUGCAGUUUUGAAAGGUUCCGGCUGCCAUCUUGAUUUGAUAUGGUGUCCAACAGUAUCCAGGCAGAGACAGAAACCUGCUAUUUGACCUCAGGAACCAUCAUGAAAAACUUGGUUACAAUAUCUUGAGAGGCGCCCCUAAUAUAUAGUACCUGGCAUUGCUCAGGAAUGCUGAUAAACCAACAAAAUCAGUGCAUUGUGAAAAAUCAGUGCGGUUCUGAAAGGUUCAGCCCAGCACCACAUCGAUUAACAAUGGCACCAAAACAUAGAGGACAAACCUCCUUCUCGAUCUCAAGAACCAACAUGCAAAACUUGAUUAUGGUCUCUUAAGGGGUGUUCAAAUGCAUAGGAAACAUGAACAGCUUUCAAAAUAUGUAGUAUAUGUAGACCCUCCAAGUUCCCCUAUUUUCCAAGGACAGUGCCGUAUUUACAGAAGCCGUCCCGGUUUCUGAUUUGAUUCCAAAAUGUCCCACUUUUCCUUAGGAUGUCCCUAUUUUCAUCAGAGAAAUGUUGGAGGGUAUGGAGUUAUGCGAUCCCCGAGCCAAGGAGAUAAGUAACUAUGCAACCUUUACCAGACAUCUGAACAUGCCCUGUAUAGGGGAGUUUUUAAAAUGUUAAUAUUUGAUUGUCUUUUUAUAUAUGUUGGAAGACGCCCAGAGUGGCUGGGGCAACCCAGUCAGAAGGGCAGUGUAUAAAUAUUAUUAUUAUUAUUAUUAUUAUUAUUUAUUACAUUUGAACCUCGGUUUUCGAGCAUCUCAGAAGCCAAAUGUUUUCUACUCAUAUUCUACUCAUGUAAAAACACGCUGAUUCCCAGACUGUCCGUGGGCCGGAUUUAGAAGGCGGUUGGGCCGGAUCUGGCCCCCGGGCCUUAUUUUGACUACCCAUGCACAACACCAAUCCUAGACCUGUGGUGGUUUGAUAGCAGUUCUACCUUGCAGAGAAAAAAGUACAAAGUGCAGCUCUGUCUACAGAAAUGCGUACACUGUAAAGUGGUACCUCGGGUUACAGACACUUCAAGUUACAGAUGCUUCAGGUUACAGACUCCACGAACCCAGAAAUAGUACUUCGGGUUAAGAACUUUGCCUCAGGAUGAGAGCAGAAAUCGUGCUCUGGCGGCGCGGCGGCAGUGGGAGGCCCCAUUAGCUAAAGUGGCAUCUCAGGUUAAGAACAGUUUCAGGUUAAGAAUGGACCUCCAGAACGAAUUAAGUUCUUACCCCGAAGUACCACUGUAUUAUUAUUAUUAUUAUUAUUAUUAUUAUUAUUAUUAUUGGAUAGGUAAAUGUAAAGGGACCCCUGACCAUUAGAUCCAGUAGCAGACGACUCUGGGGGUGUGGUGCUCAUCUCGCUUUACUGGCCGAGGGAGCCGGCGUACAGCUUCCGGGUCAUGUGGCCAGCAUGACUAAGCCGCUUCUGGCGAACCAGAGCAGCGCACGGAAACGCCGUUUACCUUCCUGCCGGAGCGGUACCUAUUUAUCUACUUGCACUUUGACGUGCUUUCGAACUGCUAGGUUGGCCGGAGCUGGGACCGAGCAAUGGGAGCUCACCCCGUCGCAGGGAUUCGAACCGCCGACCUUCUGAUCGGCAAGCCCUAGGCUCUGUGGUUUAACCCACAGAGCCACCCGUGUCCCUUUUUAUUAUUGGAUAGGAUGUCCCUAUUUUCCUCAGUAAAAUGUUGGAGGGUAUGCAAUACCUAUUUAUAAAUUGACUGAACUCUUCCUCCUUCCCUGCCCCAUUUCACAGACUCCUGGGCUUCCUCAGGACUCACAAGGGCCCAGCAACCUGUGGAGUCUGGAGAGCUUUUCCCUAACAGCGUCAACAUGGCUGCUGCUCCAUAAUGGCUGCCUAUGACCAUUCGCCCUCCAUGCAGCAGCAGCCCCUCCAAGCCGUGAACACCACGUCGCCUCCGGCCCUGGACGUCCCCUACUUGCUGAGCGAGAGCCUGAUCGCGCUGUUCUCCAUCGUGGGCAACGUCUUCAUCUGCGCCGUCGUCCUACAGAGCCGGAAGCUGCGGGCUGUCGUCACAAACUACUUCCUCGUCUCGCUGGCCGUGGCAGACGUCUUGGUUGGGGCGGUGGUCAUCCCUUUUGCCCAAUUUACCAACCUGGGUUUGCCCCGCUACCGGUCGCAGCUCUGCCUCCUGAUGUUGUGCAUGCUGCUGGUGUUGACGCAAGCCUCCGUCUUCGGGCUGCUGGCCAUCGCCGUCGAGAGGUACAUCUCCAUCCUCAAGCCUUUCCAGUACAAAUCCUGGAUGAGCCCCCUCAAUGCCCUCCUGGUGAUCUUGGCGUCCUGGGUGCUGGCUCUUCUGAUCGGCCUACUGCCCAUGAUGGGCUGGCACAAGCCCUUGCCGGCCAGCGGGGAGUGCCUCUUCAACGACAUCAUCACAAACACCUACAUGGUCUACUUCAACUUCAUGGCUUGCAUGCUGGCUCCUCUGCUGGUCAUGAUGGUCCUAUACGGGCGCAUCUUCCUAGAGGUCAAGCAGCAAAUCCGCAAGGUGGCCGAGGGAGAAGUGGACGUCAGCGCCCAGGAGAGGCGCCGCAUGAUUGUCCGCAAAGAGCUGCAGACAGCCACAUCGCUGUUCAUCAUCCUCUUUUUCUUCACCGUCUGCUGGCUCCCGGUCCACAUUCUCAACACGGUCAUGCUGCUCUGCCCCAGCUGCCCCAUCCCGAACCAACUCAUCCUGGCCUCCAUCAUCCUCUCCCAUGCCAACUCCGCCAUCAACCCGGUCAUCUACGUCUUCCGCAUGAGAUCCUUCCGGAAAGCCUUCGAGAGCGCCUUUUCGGGCAUCUGCUCCUCCCCUGCCACGGAUGCCUUCUCCACCUCCAGGAUAACGCCUUCCAACGUCUCGGAGGUGCCUCUUCGGAAUCUGUCUUUGCCGGGGAAGUGA